GCUCAAACGCGGCGAGUGCAGGUAUAAACGGUAGCUCUUCACGGGACUCGAGAGCAAAGAGCGUGCACGCACUAUCGAUAUGCAUCAGCGACGAGACUACACUUGGUGAAGGAGUAGACGCGAGUUUGAAAUUUGAAGCGAGGUUGGACGGUGCGAUGGUUUCAGAGGUGCAGCGCAGGACAGAACUGAAAUUCUUAAGGUUUUCACAACUGUCCCUAACAAUCUUCAUACUUCUGACAACUGAAGUGCAAGCCGGUGGUAAGAAGCACAGUGGUCCGUGUGGUGGCAGAGACUGCAGUGGAAGGUGCAAAUGUUUCCCUGAGAAGGGGACGCGGGGUCAGCCGGGACCCCUAGGCCCACAGGGAUAUGAUGGGCCGCAAGGGCAGCCGGGUGAGGCUGGUGUGUAUGGGCCCAAGGGUGAGAAGGGGGACCAGGGCCAAGGAGGCAUCAUCGGACCCAAAGGGGACAUGGGGAUGACGGGCGUUCCAGGGUUCUCUGGAGCAGAUGGGAUUCCUGGUCACCCGGGACAGGCGGGGUCUCGCGGGAAACCGGGUGCUGAUGGCUGCAAUGGAACACGGGGCGACGCAGGGUCUCCUGGGUUACCAGGUGCUGAAGGCCCCCCAGGAUAUCCUGGUAGCCUUGGCAGAAAGGGUGAGAAAGGCGAUACUCUAGAGCUCAGUGUGUUCAUGGAGCGAUUUCGGGGAGAGCUGGGUGAUCGUGGUUUCCCUGGAUUCUCAGGCCCCUAUGGUAAUCCAGGUAUGAUGGGAAGGCCAGGCCUUGCAGGACCACAGGGCCCUCCUGGACCUCCUGGCCCCCCAGGACCAAAGGGUACAAUGACCAAAACACUGAAGGGACAGAAAGGAGAUCAGGGGGAUCCUGGAGAGCCGGGGCCCCCAGGGAACACCACCUAUCCUCACUCGUCUUCCCUCUCCGGUCCCCCGGGUAGUAAGGGUGAGAAGGGGUUGAAAGGUGGAAGGGGAGAUUUGGCCGAUAACAGAGGAGAGCCUGGCAUGAUUGGAUAUACCGGGCAACGAGGAAGCCCCGGUUUGGAUGGGGAGCCAGGAGAGAGGGGGGAUGCAGGAGAACCUGGACGCAGUGGAGCAGACGGACCCAAGGGCAAGAGAGGAGAACCAGGAGUCUAUAUAUCUCUCGGAGGCCCAGUAACAGAGGGGCCCCCUGGCCCUCGCGGAGAGCCUGGUGCCCAGGGAGAGAGGGGGGAGAAGGGGAAACAAGGUAUCCCAGGACUCCCCGGACCUUCAGCCGAGCCCGAUGGUGAACAGUUUGUGUUUGACUUUAGCCCAUAUGGACCCAAGGGGUUCAAGGGGUCCAAGGGUCCUGAUGGUGACCCGGGGUUACCCGCCAUACUGCCUGGUCCACCUGGUUACAAUGGAUUGCCUGGACUCCGAGGGCCUCCCGGACCAAAAGGAUCAUGGGAAAAUGAGUUUAGAGGCCCACAAGGUAUAAGAGGUCAGCCAGGCCCUGUGGGGAUCAAAGGAGACAAAGGCAAUGCGGGGCUGUGCCAGUGCAGCGUCAUCCAUUCCCAACCAGGCCCUCCAGGUCCAGCAGGUGAACAUGGUGCCCCAGGAAUGUCGGGCGAGUGGGGCCAAUCAGGUGACCAGGGUGAAACUGGACCACGUGGGAUCAAUGGACAAGCUGGGCUCCCAGGCCCACAUGGUCUACCUGGUCCCAAGGGCAGGAAAGGUGACCCACAAGAAGCUACAGAGAAAGGAUCACCUGGAGACCCAGGGAACUCGGGUGCAACAGGUGACCGAGGAGACAGUGGUCAGCCUGGGCCAGUGGGGCUUCCAGGAGCCCCUGGAAUACGUGGUCCUCCAGGGGAAAGGCCAGUUGGUCCCCCUGGAGAUAAGGGCCUUCCAGGACAGCCAGGUCUGCGUGGGAGGGCGGGUGACCCGGGCGAGCCGGGUCAGAUUCUUGCCUCGGUGAAAGGGUUGCCAGGUCCCCUAGGUGAUCCUGGGUUUGACGGCCUCCCUGGCAUUCCUGGAGCCCCAGGUGUCCCAGGAGGCUGCAUUCUGGAAGGAGACAGAGAACUAAAGGACACAGCAGGAGAGUGUAACCUGGUACCUGGGCUUCCAGGUGAACCAGGCCUGCCAGGACCAGUUGGGCUGGAGGGUUUCCAAGGCCCGCCUGGUCCUAAAGGGUUCAGAGGGCUGUCUGGUAAGCGGGGGCUCAAAGGUGAGCAAGGAGACCAGGGCAGAGGAGGAUCCCAGGGAAAGCCAGGGUUGGUGGGGCCUCGUGGAGAUGGGGGUCUGCCUGGUAGCAGAGGGAAGGAGGGGAGCCCAGGACUUCCAGGUCGGCCUGGUCUGGAUGGGGAGGCAGGGCAGAAGGGUAUCCAUGGGGAGAUUUUAGGGGCUGCCCCUGGGUCCCCUGGAGAGCCAGGCCCACCUGGACUCCAAGGAACUAAAGGCUUCAUCGGAGACCCUGGACCGCAGGGAUACCCAGGGAUGCACGGCAUGCCUGGGAUCCUUGGCACCAAAGGAGAGACUGGUCCUCCAGGCCUGCAGGGGGAGGUAGGGAGACCUGGAGCAGCAGGAAAGUAUGGCUAUCCAGGAGUACCAGGACAGUCUGGCUCCCUGGGCCCUCCAGGACUUCCUGGUGAACCAGGUUUUUCUGGUGAUAGAGGAGAUGAAGGUGAUCCAGGCCCACCUGGUCCCACUGGGAUGAAAGGCCCACCAGGUGACCAUGGUGAUGUGGGUCCAAAGGGGAACAACGGUCAACCAGGCAAUCCAGGACAACCAGGGCCAGCAGGCUUUGCUGGUGUUCUUGGAUGGAAAGGUUUCAAAGGCUUGCGUGGGACGGCAGGGUUUGAAGGCAUGCCAGGCCUCAGGGGCAUACCAGGAUUACCUGGGAACAAGGGGGAGCCUGGCCUCCCUGGGCUUAAGGGAGAGAAAGGUGGCAGGGGGUUGCCCGGUGAAAAAGGUGGCCGGGGGCUGGUUGGACCCCCAGGUGAGAAGCCACAUAUUCCCAGAUACAUGAUUAUGGAGAUGAAGGGAGCCAAGGGUGACCAAGGGAAGCUAGGAGAGCACGGCUUCACGGGCCCCAGAGGCCCCAAGGGAUUCCCAGGCUUGCCAGGACAGACUGGUCAUGAUGGUAUGCCAGGCGAGCCCAGCAAUGAGAAGGGUGCCCAGGGGCACCCAGGAGCACAGGGCUUGCCAGGGCCCAAGGGGAUGCCUGGCCCCACAGGGCCUCCUGGGAUAUCUGGCUUCCCCGGCAUGACCGGCCACAGGGGAGAGAAAGGUACUCCAGGAGCCUAUGGCCCCACAGGAGAUCCAGGUCUAAAUGGAGUAAAAGGUGAAGAAGGCCCAGUCAUUGAUUUACCUGGCUCUACAGGGAAAAGGGGAGAGCCUGGCCUUUCUGGAGCACCAGGGAUCAAGGGCUUCACUGGCCAGGUGGGAGACAGGGGCAGCCCUGGUUUCCAUGGCAUUGAUGGCAUGAAAGGGGGCAGGGGAGACCCUGGCUCUGACGGAUUGCCAGGCUCUGAUGGACAGCAGGGCUCUCCAGGACAGCAGGGGCAGAAGGGGUGGCCGGGAACCGCAGGAGCGACUGGCACCAGUGGCCUUCCUGGUCUGCCAGGGCAGAGAGGUUUCCCUGGCCUGAAGGGGAUAUUUGGCCUGGAUGGUCUCAAAGGGCAGAAGGGAUUCCCCGGAGUCCCAGGUGCAGAUACCUGGGGACCCCCAGGUGUCCGUGGGUUCAAAGGGGAAAAAGGAGAAGCAGGGAUACCAAACAACGACUUUGGGUUGCCUGGGCCAUUGGGAGCAAAGGGACUUCAAGGAGACCCGGGUGAUCAAGGCCAACCUGGACAGCCUGGACUUCGGGGUCCCCCUGGACCACAUGGAGCACCCGACAAACAGGGUGCAACGGGUGACCCUGGUUUCCCAGGACUGAAAGGAAAUCAAGGUUUCCCUGGGGUUCGAGGGGGUCCAGGCAUACCCUCUCCAUUUGGAGCCAAGGGGGAAAGAGGCUUACCAGGAUUCUUUGGACGGGAGGGCUUGAAAGGUAUCCAGGGAGACCGAGGACAGCCAGGUGUCUCAGGACAGAGUGGAGUGGCUGGGAAAAAAGGUGAGAAGGGAGCACUGGGGAUGAUAGGAACACCUGGUCGGCCUGGUUUCCAAGGAGACAGGGGACCAGCUGGUCCAAAAGGAGACACUGGAUUCCCAGGCUUACCUGGGCCCCCCGGUGCUCAGGGUCCGGCAUCCAUCCCAUCUAGAAUGACUGGAGAAAGGGGCCCCCCUGGACCUCAAGGAAUUCGGGGCCCUGAAGGAUUCCAUGGGGUGAAUGGCCCCCAGGGGCCACCUGGAGAUCCAGGGCUCAUGGGGCCACGAGGACAGAAGGGCAUGCCCGGAGUAAGUGGCACACCUGGGACACCAGGUUACCGAGGAAACCCUGGACAGGCCGGACAUCAGGGUAUCCAAGGUCUUGAGGGGAAUCCAGGGCGUCCUGGUGUCCCCGGUAUCCCUGGCAUGCCAGGCCGCAGUGUGAGUGUUGGGUACCUGCUGGUGAAGCACAGUCAAUCAGAACAGACUCCCAUGUGCCCGGUGGGCAUGUCCAAGCUGUGGGAUGGGUACAGCCUGCUGUACUUUGAGGGCCAGGAGAAAGCACACAACCAGGACCUGGGCCUGGCUGGGUCCUGUCUUCCUCGCUUCAAUACCAUGCCUUUUCUCUACUGCAACCCCGGUGACAUCUGCUACUAUGCCAGCCGCAAUGACAAAUCCUAUUGGCUGUCCACCACUGCCCCCAUUCCCAUGAUGCCUGUGGAGGAGGCGGAGAUCAAGCCCUACAUCAGCCGCUGCUCUGUGUGCGAGGCGCCCUCCGUGGCCAUUGCAGUCCACAGCCAGGACACCACUAUCCCACAAUGUCCUGUGGGCUGGCGCAGUCUGUGGAUUGGCUAUUCUUUCCUCAUGCAUACGGCAGCUGGUGAUGAGGGUGGUGGCCAGUCCCUGGUGUCGCCAGGCUCCUGCCUGGAAGACUUCCGAACCACACCCUUCAUCGAGUGCAAUGGGGCCAAAGGGACCUGCCACUACUUUGCCAACAAGCACAGCUUCUGGCUGACCUCCAUUGAGCAGUCCUUCCAGAGCUCACCGGGCACUGAGAUGCUGAAGGCAGGGCAGCUCCUGUCUCGAAUCAGCCGAUGCCAGGUGUGCAUGAAGAACCUGUGACCCAAAAAUUCUGCUCCUACUAGCCACGGCCCUGGCACAGGCAAGGCUGAAAAACUGUAAGCACAAUGAGGUACAGAACUGUUCUGCCCCAGUGAGAACAGGACCAGAAGUUUGACACUCUUAGGAAGAAAGGUUUUCUGUACUCACAUUAUCUUCAUAAUGGUGCUUAUUUAAUAUAAGUAAUAUAACUUAUAUUACAUUAAAUUACUGGCAUUUAGCAGAUGUUCUUAUCCAGAGUGACUUAAAUUAAUUAACUUAUUACCUCAGCUUUGUGUUUCGACCACAUUAACAACCCCAAGAUUAAACAGAUUAAAGUCAACGAUGCAAAUAAUUUGUGCACUGCUUUUAAUGUAGUUUGCUUUUUGGUAUAAGCAGCAUCUAGCAAUUUUCCAAUACCGCUAACCACUGUCCCUCAAUGGACUGUACAUGAUGUUUGGUCUGGGGGCCUCCAAAUGAGACUGUAUGCAGUUAACACCAAUUACAAAUGUUACUUUCAGUAUUAAACCAUUUUUUCUUUUUACACAAAAGGUGCUCUAAGAUUUAUCUGAUUUUAAUAAGGACAUUUAAUAAAUAAUUUUAAUAAAUAAGACUGUGAUUUCUGGACCCAUUAUAUUUCAGCAAUAUUAAAAGUGAGUCUUUAAAUUAAAUCUUGCUAAACAAAGCAUGCUAGAAAUACAACAUCAGUUCUGGGAUUUGACCACAUAAAUCUUCUGUUAGUUACUGAUAAUGCACUGACAAUCUCUGUAUCUGUGUUGCUAGCGUUUCAUCAGCACAGAAGAGUACACUAACUCUAAAAUCCACCAAAUCAAGCUAUA